CUCCAUCAAUGUACAGCGCAGGUUAGAUUGAAAGAAACAGUCAAUGAAAAUUAUAACAAAAAAAAAAAAAAGGAGUGUAAAUUAGUGUAAAUAAUUAGUUAAAGAAUUUAUUAUCAAAUUAAUUUUAAGAGAUUAUAAAUUAUUUAUGAUGAUUGAAUCAAGAGAUUCAAGGACUGAAAAAUUAUGGUCUGGAAUGGCCUUUCGCAUGUUGGUGGAUACAGUCUCUCAUCCUCUCCAUUAUGCAAAAGUUUUAAUUCAGAUUGGUCAUGAGCCAAUACCACCAUGGGCCACCAGAACAUUAUUUGGAAAACCAGCUUUAGCACUGCCAAAUAUUUUUCAAUAUGUAAGAUAUAUCAAAAGUGUUGAUGGUUUUACUGGAUGUUAUCGUGGUCUUGUGCCAAGAUUAUGUGCACAUUCAGUAAGUGCUAUUGCCGUUGACAGUACUGGUGAAUCAAUUUUGUUUACUGAAUAUUAUCCAGAAAUUGAAAGAGAUAAAGAUGUUGAUGUUGAUGAUUUACCUGAUCAUCAAAGGAGAGCAAUUUAUGUUCGUGAACUUGUCAAAGAUAUAACUUGUCGAGUUGCUGGUAUUAUUAUCAGUCAUCCAUUGGAUGUCAUUACAAUCAGAGCAAUGGCACAAUUUGUUGGUGGUGAAACAAAAUACAAUGGUGUUUUUUCAUCUAUAAUAGAGAUAUACCAAGAAAAUGGAUUAACUGGUUUUUAUUCUGGUCUUUUACCACGUUUAAUUGCAAAUAUUUCAACAUUGGUACUUGUCAGUGGUACAACAUAUAUUUUAAAUAAACAUUUUAUUCGUGAUCGUGAAAUUCGAGGCUAUACUGCUGAUGCAAUGACAUUCCUAUCGAGAAAUAUUACAGAUCCAUUUUUGGUUGUUUAUCAUUGCAUGGCUGUCAACAAUUCUGGAUUAAUUGCUGGUUCACCACCACACAUGCCAAUUUACAAUCGUUGGACUGAUUGUUGGAGACACUUGGCAUCAAUAAAUGGUCUUAAACGUGGAAGUAGUGUGCUCUGGCGUUAUUACACUGCCCCACAAAUUAUGUAAACCAAAUUUAAUAAUUU